GCCGCGGCGUCAUUUUCGGCCUGAUGACAGCAAGAAGUAAACAAUCGUGGGAGUGAUUAAAAGUUUUGGAAUAAUUUUGAUGUUUUUCGGUAAAAAUGUGCGUCUAAUUCGAGUGAUUCGUAACCAAAAUGAAGCGGGAGAAAACGGCGGAUAAUGUGCGACCGUAUAAAUUAGCGCAUCAAAUUCUGAGCUUGACCGGCAUCAGCUUUGAACGCAAAAGCAUAAUCGGGUUUGUGGAACUGACGAUUGUUCCGGUGAAGGAAACGCUCAAAGUUAUCCGCCUGAACUGCCGCCAAUGUCGAAUCUAUCGGGUCAUAUUGAACGACAGCUAUGAGGCCACGUUCCACUAUUUCGAUCCGUUCCUGGACAUUUGCCAGGGGGAAAUCAAGAACAAGUCGCUGGAGUUUUUCUCCAAGUGCCACUUGGAGGCGGCAAAGAAGACGGAUGCCGAUCACAAUGCCGGGGAACUGGCGAUUGUCGUUCCAGAUCAGGCUGCCCAUUUGAUUGGCGAGGGACGUGGCUUGAGGAUUGGAAUUGAGUUUUCGCUGGAAGACCCUUCCGGGGGAGUUCAUUUCGUCAUUCCGGAAGGGGAAGGGAGCAUGGAAGAGAGAGCAGCUCAUAUGUUCACCUAUGGACAUGAAAACUCCUCAAGGCUUUGGUUCCCUUGUGUGGACAGCUACGCGGAACCGUGCACUUGGAAGCUUGAGUUUACGGUCGAUAAAAACAUGACUGCGGUUUCCUGUGGAGAGCUGGUCGAAGUGGUCAUGACUCCGGAUCUCCGGAGGAAAACCUAUCACUACACUGUAUCGGUUCCGGUGUCGGCCCCAAACAUCGCCCUUGCAGUGGGACCGUUCGAAAUCUACGUAGAUCCCCAUAUGCACGAAGUGACUCACUUCUGUUUGCCGCAGAUGAUGCCCCUCCUCAAAAAUACCGUUCGAUACAUGCACGAAGCUUUCGAGUUCUACGAGGAAGCGUUGACACAGCGCUACCCAUUCAGCUGCUACAAGCAGGUGUUUGUGGACGAAAUCGAUAACGAUGGGAAUGCCUACGCUACGAUGACGAUACUGUCCACGCACCUGUUGCACUCGAUUGCUAUCAUCGAUCAGACGUUUGUGUCGCGGAAGGUGAUGUCCAAAGCAAUUGCAGAGCAGUUCUUCGGAUGUUUCAUCACUAUGCAGAACUGGUCCGAUGCGUGGCUGGCCCGAGGAAUUGCCGAGUACAUGUGUGGACUAUACUCGAAAAAGUGUUUCGGAAACAAUGCCUACCGCAGCUGGAUUCGCGAUGAACUGGCAGAGGUGGUUAAGUACGAGGAAAAGUUCGGCGGAAUCAUACUGGACUGUAGUCAAGCUCCGGCGCCACCUGCCGUGUCCAGUAUCAAUCAAUCCCCGGCUGCUCCGGCCAAAGCCUACAACGACAAUCCGUUCUAUUUUCCAAUCAAAAAUCUUCACACGAUCUCUCCGAAGUAUAUCGAAAUUAUGCGGAAGAAGGCUCAUCUGGUCAUAAGAAUGCUGGAGCAUAGGAUUGGCCAGGAGCUGCUCUUGCAGGUGUUUAACAAGCAGCUGGCUUUGGCUUCGAAUGCAGCUUCAACGAAGAUCAGCAGCGGGUUGUGGCAUCAAUUGCACAUCUCGACGAACAUAUUCACGAAGGCCAUUUUUACCGUCACCGGAAAAGAUAUGGCCGUUUUCAUCGAUCAAUGGGUUCGGACCGGAGGCCAUGCUAAGUUUACCAUGACUUCGGUGUUCAAUCGCAAGAGAAACACUAUCGAGUUGGAAGUUCGUCAGGACGCAGUCAACCAGAAGGGAGUGAAGAAGUACGUCGGACCUUUGCUGAUUCAGCUUCAGGAAUUGGACGGAACGUUCAAACAUACGUUGCAAAUUGAGAACAUCGUCGUCAAAGCUGACAUCACGUGUCACUCAAAAAGCAGGAGAAAUAAAAAGAAGAAAAUUCCCCUGUGCACCGGAGAAGAAGUCGAUAUGGAUCUAUCGCCUAUGGAUGAAUCACCCGUCCUCUGGAUUCGCCUAGAUCCAGAAAUGACCAUUCUCCGUUCAGUGCACAUCGAACAACCGGAUUUCCAGUGGCAAUUUCAGUUGCGCCACGAACGAGACGUUACAGCCCAGCUGGAAGCAAUUGACGCCCUGGAACGAUACGCCUCGCCUGCCACGCGACUUGCCCUGACGGACACCAUCGAAAACGAGCAAGUCUUCUAUGAAGUCCGGUGCAAAGCGGCACUCUGUCUGACGAAAGUUGCCACCGCUAUGGUCACGUCCUGGCAAGGACCCCCGGCCAUGUUGACAAUCUUUAAGAAGUUUUUCGGAUCAUUCAGCGCACCGCACAUCAUUCGGCAGAACAAUUUCACCAACUUUCAGCACUACUUCCUGCAAAAGACCAUUCCGGUUGCGAUGGCUGGUUUGCGCACCGCCCAUGGUAUCUGUCCUCCGGAGGUGAUCCGCUUCCUGCUGGAUUUGUUUAAGUACAACGACAAUACCAAGAACCACUACUCGGAUAAUUACUAUCGGGCAGCGCUGGUCGAAGCAUUGGGCAAUUCGAUCACUCCGGUCAUCUCCGUGGUCCACCAAGGAAUGGCUCUUACCUCGGAGAAUUUGUCGGCGGAUUCCAAAUUGGUCCUGGAGGAGGUCACGCGGAUAUUGAACCUGGAGAAACACCUCCCAUCGUACAAGUACACGGUGUCGAUAGCAUGCCUCAAGGUUAUCCGGAAGCUACAGAAAUGCGGUCAUCUUCCGACCAAUCCGAAAAUCUACCGGAGUUACGCCGCCUAUGGUCAGUACAUCGAUGUGCGUGUCGCUGCCAUGGAGUGCUUGGUUGAUUUUGUGAAAAUCGACGGCCGCUGGGAAGAUCUGGAGCAUUUGAUCGAUAUGUUGGAAACGGAUCCAGAUCCGAUGGCACGCCACAAGCUGGGACGGCUUUUGAUAGAGAAUUUGCCGUUUGAUAAGGGCAAUAAGCACCGGUUGGAUCGGGAGGAGCUUGCACUGCGGAUUUGGAACAAUAUGAAUGGUCUCCUCUCCCACGACACUCGGUUACGUUGCGACAUGGUGGACCUCUAUUACACCUUGUACAACACACGUGUUCCCCACUGUCUACCGAAUCCUGAGCUGGCAUCGAUUCUGAAACCGCAAAAGCUUGCAUCGUCAUUUGCAGCAGUUGCCGACAAAGAGCCCAACCCACCGGAACCGGCCGGAAUCGAUCUGGAAUCGUUCUCUAGCAAGCGUGCUCGUUCAACAAGUCCAUUGGACAUAAAACCUCUGGAUUUGAUCGACAUUGGUCCAACGGAGCUGCUGAUGGCCAAAAGUCGUGAACCUUCACCCCUGUUGUCCGAAGAAAUUCGCGAAGAUAUCAUCGUGGAAACCGUCGACGCCAACAGCAUCAAAACCGAAAUCGUUGAAAUGGACAAAUCCAUUCUCAAGGAAGAAAUUGUCGACCUGGACGAUAACAACUCGGUAACGGUGGUUGAUAGCGCUCCGCCGGCCAAGAAGGCGAAAACCGAAUUUUACUCAGAUAACUCAAUUUCUCUGCCGGGUAUAACUCCCAGCAACAGUUCGGUGACGGGCCCUACCGGAUUCGAGCCGGGUAUGUUCAGCAAGUCGGCAGAAUCGUUACCUGCGGUUCCCUCCGAGCCCAGCGUUAGCGGUAAAUCCGAUGGAAGCAAGAAAAAGAAAAAGAAAGACAAGAAGAAGCACAAACAUAAGCAUAAGCACAAGCACAACAAGGACAAGGAUAAGGAGCGCGAUCGGGACAAGGAUCGAGAAAAGAGUAAGGAGAAGAAAGAUCCCAACAUUGUGCGCUUGAUAAAGGAAGAUACACAAGAAACGCUGAGUUCGGCGGACAGCUCGAGUAGGGAUAGUAAUCCAACGACACUGGAUUUAACAUCGUAAAAAGAGUUUACAUUUGUAGGUUUUACCAAGUAUGGACAAAAAUAUUGAAUGUCUUAAUAGAUUUUAGUGUAUCAUGUA